AUGCUUGUUUUGGGGGCGGAGCGGUUACGACUAGACAUGAACCGCUUGCUUGCGUUACUUUUCCACCAGGGGGUGCUCGAUGAGCAGUUCUUGCAGCUUCAGCAACUGCAAGACGAGUCCUCUCCGAACUUCGUAUACGAGGUUGUUAACAUUUAUUUCCACGAGUCCGAGAAGCUGUUGAGGAAUCUUCGAGGAUUGUUGCUGGAUAAGGAGUUCUCGGAUUACAAGAAGAUGGGAAUACAUUUAAAUCAAUUUAUAGGAAGCAGCUCAAGCAUUGGUGCCAAAAGGGUCAGGGCUGUAUGCGUCGCCUUUCGCGCUGCUUCUGAGCAGAAUAACAGAGCUGGGUGUUUGAGACUGUUGGAGUUGCUAGAACAUGAGUACUGUUAUCUCAAGAACAAACUCCACGAACUCUUCCAGAUGGAACAACAGCGAGUAUUAGCAGCUGGAGUCAGGUAUCCAAUGCAGAAUUGA